AUCGAACGUGUUACGGGCUGGCGACCGUGCAUCUACAGUUUUGCUCGUUCUCGAACCUGGACUCUGUUCGAACCUCCCUCUCUCGUUGUUUCCUGUUCCGCGUCCGUUCCAGAUCGCCCGUUUUUCCGCUCGCGAUUCGAUAUGUACCGGGCGUACACAUUUCUCGUGUCAUUGAAUCGUGACGAUCAUUGUCAACGAGUCGCUGCUUUCUCUCGUUCGUAUCGAUAUAUCGAAUAUAGAAGAUUAAAUAACGUAAAUUAGUGUGUGGACAAGUGCUCGUGGAAAAGUUGGAAUUUAUCGAGUAUGUGUCGAGAAAUGUUUAGAGAACGUUUCAAGUGAAAAGAGAAUGGCGAUCGGAUUGGAAUACAAAUCUUCAAAAUAUUUUAUUUUACGGGAAAUUUUUUUAUUUACGUACUCAAACGAUCGUUUCCUGUGUAGCUACAUAGAAAAGAGAAUGAAAAGAUUCAUCGAACUUCUUUCAUCUCGAUCCAAAAAGGAAAAGAAGAAGAAAAAAUCCAGUUUCAUAUUUGUUGAACGUUUAAUUUUUUAUUUUGAUUCGAAUUUGACAGAAACAGAACGAUUCUUCAGAAAUUUUUAAUCACGCAAAUUCAUUGUAAGUCGUACGACGCGAUAUGUCAUUACAUUUCAGAUUAAACGCGAUAUAAUAUGUCUGUCUCCUAUUAGAGAAAAUUAGAUGCAAAUUAUCGUAACGAUACUUGCUGAUUUGAUUGGCACGAUUCAAAAAAUUUGCAUCCAACACAAUUCAAGGGAAAACGAGGGAAAAAUUAAAAUCUUGUUUAACCCGGUAAUCUGAUUGUGAGAACAGGCCAAUUAAUAACGGUGGAAUUUUACGAUCAUUCACACGGUUCACUUUUAUCGAUUGUAUUCAACUGGCUGAGACUGUCUCGAUAACUUCUCUACUCUCGCAAUUUCUAGUAACUGUGAAACGUUGUUUCCUCGAAUAAUAACGCUUUAAUCGCAUCUUUUUCUUCUUCUUCAAAUAAUCUCUAUUAUUGUUAAGGAAAAAGUGCGCAUCGAUGAUAAAUGAUCAAAAAUCGAUUUAAAUAUUAAAGCAAUUUUAUAUUAUGAAAUAUUUAAUUUUUUUUCCCCUUAAAUUAUAAAAUCUGCUCAGUGAAGUAAUAAUCGUUGUAUAACGAAACCGACGAUUAACGUAUCGAUCGUAUGAAAUUGAUGAUUGGGAACGAUUUUGAAACUUUAAUUACGUUACAUGAUAUUCCAAAGAAUUCUAAAAUAAUGUAAUAAUAAUAAUAAAAAAAAAUAACUAUCUGCUUGAUUACAAUAUAAAUACGAAAUAUAUCCUCGAGUGAGAGAUAAAGAGAUAUAAGUAAUUUGGUUAAUCUUUUUAAGAGAAAAAAACGAUAUCGUGCAAGCCGGUUUUUUUUUUAUAGACUUUUAUGAUCAGGAUAAUUUUAGAUUUAAAAAAAUUUUUGCAUAAUAAGACAAAUUUUUUAUUUUAUAGGAAUUCUGCGUGAAAGUCGUUUAAACGUAUUUUAAACGAAUCGUAUUCGAUUAAUAUUCACAAAUUAUCUCAGUCUUUUGAAAAAUAAUCGAUCAUUUACAUAAUUGGUAAUUACGAGGAGUAAAUAAAUCACGCGAGAUUUCUUUUACAACAAUCGUCAACUUUGAUUAUUUCUUCUACGCCUGAUUUAAAUUAAUUCAUUUCUUUUUUUCCUUUUUUUUUUUUUUCAAUCAAUUUGAUACAUUGCCGAUAAUAAAGAUAAGUCGCGCGUGUAGAAUCUAAUUAUAACAAUAUGAAAUAAUUGUUCCAUAUUUACCAGUAAUUUAAUUAGCAGUUUAAUUAGUAAAAAGUAAAACGCGGAUAAUAAUUUAAUUAACAAAUUUGAACGAAUAAUUAUUAUGUGCAUCGCAUUAUAUAUAUAUAUGUAUAUUUCACAAAGAGGAAUUUUUAUAUACGAAUACAUUUUCUUUCAAGCGUGAUUUUCUUCCUUUUCGUUCUUCCCUUUUCAAAUCAACGAACGGGAUCUUUUUUCAACUAGAUAGAUAGAUUCAACAAACUGUUCUUAAUCCAAGUUUAUUGACCUUAGCCAUACGAAUUUUGCAAGGUCAUUAUAAAUUCUCGAAUAAAAUUUCGAUCGAACGUAUCCCAUCUCUACGAAACAUUUGACCAAUUAUUUACUCUUCUAUUUUUGGCUCGUGACACUUUUCUCGAGAAAGCUACGUCGGAUUAUAAAUAAACAUUCUCUCCAAAACUGUAAACAAGUAACGAGUUAAUCGCGGAUGUGAUCACCAUUAUUUUAUUCAAACGAGCCGACGAGUUUGACACACGAGAAUUUUUCGCAUAUUUAUUUCCACCGAAUCAUUGUCUCGGAUAUCGUCCGCUUAUAUCGAGAAAAAGGAACGAGAAAAAUCAAUAAACUUUCGAUACCCUCAUCGAUCAUCGCAAACAUUUCUUUAUUUCGUUCUUUUCCUCUUUUUUUUUUUUUUUCAAAGAUGCCAACGAAUUUCACGUGUUAACGCGAAAGUUAAAAGUGGAACGGGAAAAUACGUGCGUAAUUUCUUUUCGAAGUUUUGCCAAGACGCGACGCGGAAAGAAACGGCCGUUACCAGCGUAUGGCUGGACAUUCCAGGCUCUAUACGCGCGCGGAAUAUACACACACGGUUGGAACUAAAUCGAGGGACAGACACAUCCUGACCUUCGAUACAGUUCGAUUCGCCGUUGGAUCGCCGUUACCAAUUUAGAGAUGCAGGAAACGGGGAUACAGUUAGAGUUGGGAAGAUCGAUGGAAGAAAGAGAAGGAGUGGAAUGGGAAGGAAUGGUGGAAGAGGAGCAGGCGAGGGCUGCGUGGAGAAACCCGUGUCGACGUUAUGGCGCAAUUACGUUACCAGCAGCAGGCCGGACGUGUCGAUGAGGCUGACGGUCACGAACGGCGGUUUGACCGCGACGACCAAGGAUCACGGGCUGACGGAGUACUGGGCGCACAGGGUCACCUAUUGCACCGCGCCUGCUUCCCACCCGCGCCUGUUCGUCUGGGUGUACAGGCACGAGGGGCGAAGGCUGAGGCCCGAGCUCAGGUGCCACGCCGCCCUCUGCAGCAAGGAGUCCACCGCCAGGAGGCUCGCCUCGACCUUGAACGCCAGGCUGCAGCAGGCGCUCCUGGAAUUCAGACGGGACAAGGUCUCCAGACAAAAUGCUAGGUUGUCGCUAGCAAACGCUCUGUACGAGAACCCUUCGUUGCCGCGGCGAAAGUUGCUUCUGAGCACGGGGGGUCAGAAUUACCGGCCCCCCCUCGAGAGGUCGAAAAGCGCGCCGAAACUGUCCGCCAUCGAGGAGGACAUCGUCGCCGAGGAGAUAGAGCAACAAAGGAUCCUGGACGAGUUGAGGACGUUGGAGAACGUGGCGCGAAGUUGGCAGGAUCAGGACAGCUGGAGGCUCGCGCGGCUCCUCGACGCUUUGAACCGCGAGUCGUCCGACGAAAAUGGAAGUAUCUCGAGCGGGUGCGAGACGGCGAGCACAGCUACAAGCGAGGAGAGGGCGCCCGCCGGAUUGGAGGAUCAUCAUGCUACAGGAGAUGGAACGGAACAGCAAACGGACAGAAGAGUGAUGUUCCCCAACGAGACGGUCGCGAGGGGACCGGGCCCUCGAAGAAACUCGGAAGGUUCCCCAAACUUCAUGACCUGCGCCGGGAGUCCCCGUUUCCAUCGUCGAAACGUGGUCGUACACCACGGGAGCCGGGAAAGGUUCUCGUCCCGAAACGACGAGGAGGAGUCGAUGGAGGAGGAGGACGAGGAGAUAGAGGCAUCUCACGUGUUCGAUUUCGAGGAUGUGGAGGAUUUCGACGACGUGGUCGACUACAGGCCGAGGGGCGAGAUACUGCGCAGGCUGGAGGAUCCUCAGGAGAGGGAGAGACGAGUGAUGGAGAAAUAUCCAGGUCGAAUGAACCACCACGAUCUGUUGCAAAACGACGAGACUCCGUUUCUAACGUUGGACUCCCUCGACGAGGAAGUGGACAGCGACGAGAGCGGCUACGUCGAGGCGCCGCCGAAAUCUUUAUUGGGCCAGGACGACCCGAGGAAGGAGGAGGAGGAGGAGAGCGGCGACAAGAACGAGUCGCGUCAGGGACAGGGCGAGACGCGUCGGGACAUGCUUAGGGGAUCGAAGGUCGUGGAGGAAAGUGAGAAAGUGAAAAGCGAGGAUUCCAAAGAGACGGAAGGCAUAGAAGCGGAGGAAGAAGAGGUGAGCGAGGAAGAAGUCGAAACCAAGGAUCCUCUGUUGACGGUGGAGAACAAUCAGAGGAUUAAAGAAAAGGAAAGGGAGAGGAGCGAUUUUAUUAAGUGUCCUAUUUCAGAGACUAUAAAGAAACUGGCGAAUGCGUCGUUGAAAAGCUCCAAGUCUUUAGAAAUGACUACGAACAACUGUUUGAAAGCUCUGAAUAAUUUAAAGACCUCAAAGUCGUUCGACGGUGUUAAGGCUAUCUCGGAGAUGGAAGGUGAAUCUCCGAGUCUUCAUCAGAGGAAGAAAUUGCUCGCUCAACAAGGAGUCAUCGUUUGAAAACUUGUCCAAAUAACAAAUAUAAAAAUGGAAGCCUGAAGAUUAAAUCUAGGUCUAUUCUUUCUCUCCGACCUUCCAACGCUGGAACGAUAGACCACUGUACACAUCACGUAUAAUAGACUCGUUACGUCGUCAUAUUUGUUAGAAAAUUUUGAAACGGUAGAAAACUUUAUGAAGAAAUAAUAAUCAAAUGGUAUAGUUAAUGAUGUUCGUUUUGUUCAAUCAAUAAGAGUCUUUAGUAAACUGUUGUAUCUAUGUUAUUGAUUUAACAGAAACGAAAUAUGAUUUCGAGUAUCGUGAGAAUACGUGUUUAGAAUUUGCGAGGAUAUAAAUAUGUUGCUCUAUGGAAUUGUUGAGAAUCAAAUGAUUUUUAGAAAAAAAAAAAAAAAUGAAAUUCGUAUAGUUUAAUUCGAAAUCUGUUGAUUUAGGUGCGCCGAAGAUUGUAAAUCUGAAGUUCAGAUGAAUAAGGAUUACUAAUAAUAAUUAUAUGUUAAAAGAAAAUCUAUUAUUCUUGCGAAGCGUGGUACAAUUAUAUUUUCAUUGUUUGAUUUAGGAACGUGUACUUAUAAAGCAGAGAGAGAAUUAAGUGAAUUUGACGCGUGAUUUGAAACUGAAUAUUUUUAUAAAGUUAAAUCCGCACAACGUAAUUAUGAAUAAAAAUAGUUAUUUUAUAUAGAUAUAUUUAAUAAAUGUUAAAAAUAAUAGAAAAUUAAAUUUCUUUAUUCAAAUUUUAAGAGAAAUGCUUUCUAAGAUUGCAAUAUUUUUUCAUAAAUUUUUCAUUAACAACGCAAAUUGCAAUUGUUGAAUAUAAUAUAUUUCAUGCUAUUUAAAUCCACGCGUUUCAUUGCUUGCCGAAAAUGAGAUUAAAAUCCUAUUUUGUGUAUUAGUCGCAGAUUAAUUCAUUUAUAAUGUAUAUUUUAAAAAUUCGAAAUGUUAUAUUUAAAUUUAUUAUUACACGGUUCUUAAACGGGACAGUGCCAUAUAUAUAUAUGCUCUUAAACUCGACGUAAUUCUUCUGUAUUUUUAUUACAGUUUCUAUUCCGCCAAAUGUAUGCAAAAUUUUUUAGAAAAGAAUUUUAAUAUUAUGUUAUGUUAAUGAAUAAUCUGGACUAAACACUUUAAUAAUUGCUCAUGUAAUUCGGUAUCUGAUUAUGUGAAUUAGCGUAUCAUGAUAAAUGUCGCGGAAAAAAUUAAAAAUAUUGUCACCAUUGCUGUACAAGAAAGAUUCGAAGAUGAAUAAAAAAGAAAAAAAUUCUUGAAAAUCUAAAA